AUGCGGCCCCUUCUCCUCUCCCUCUUCGUCACGCAGCUGCACGCCGUGCUGCUGCCCGGACCCCCCGGCCCGUACUCGGUGUCGUAUGAAGCUUACAGCCUGACCGACAACUCCCGCCAGGAUCCGUACGCGCCUUCAGACAACACCCACAAACGAAGAAUCAUGGUGUCGACUUUUAUUCCGGUGUCGAAGUGCGAUUGCAAGUCUACGGAGCUCCCCUACAUGCCCCCCAACUCGACGGCAGCUUGGGGACAAUACGCGGCUUCGAUGGGCUUGCCAACCAAUGUCGUGGAGGAUUUCCAAAUCGAGUACUGCCAGUCUUCCAAGCCGGCACCUAGGAAAUAUCCAGUGGCAAUCUUCUCCCCGGGCUUGACCUCUUCGAGGCUUGUAUACGGAGUUCAAGCCAGGGCGCUCGCCAGUUUGGGAUACGUUGUCAUCUCUGUGGAUCAUCCCUAUGAUUCCUUCUUUGUUGAAUUUCCCGAUGGAACAUCCGUGCAAGGCACUAUUCCGUUUAGCCCAACCGAUGCAGAGGCUGAUGCCGCUACUGAGGUACGAGCUGCGGACGUGUCUUUUCUCGUCGAUGCACUACACGGCUCAGCUGACGGGGUCUCAUUGCCGACUGAACUCAUCGGGAGCAUUGACCUGAACAAGAUAUUCGCCUACGGCCACUCAAUGGGAGGAGCAACUGCCGCGGAAGUAGCAUUGCUUGACAAGCGCGUUCUGGCCGGGCUCGACUUCGACGGGCGUCCAUGGGGCACAAGCGCAAAGACCGGCUCCGACAGACCCUUUAUUAUCGUAGGAAGCGAAGCAAACGAUGCGUUGUGGGCACCCUACUACGAAAGGUUCACGGUUCCGAAGAUGCAGGUCACCAUAAAGGGGUCGACGCAUCUAUCCUUCUUCGACCUGCCCUACCUGUUUGGCGUGCGCCCGCUACCUGCGGAAUAUGACGAGGUGAUCAAGCAACUGGGUGGAACGAUCAAGGGUGCUCGGAUGCUGGAGAUCGAGAUGGGCUAUAUCCAGGGUUUUGCAGACCUAGUGUUGAAUGGGAAGACGGAGCAGCUUCGAUCCCUCAACACGACGUUCACUGAGGUUAUAGUCAGUGAGGAUAACCUAUCCGCCUAG